UAAUUAUCAUAUGAUUUUAUUCCCUAACUAGUAUCAAUUUGCUUGUAAUGUAUGCAUAUGAGUAUGGGCACUCAAGUAGUUCAAAGCCAUGAGGAAAUUAUAAGCAUCAUUCUCACUCAAAGCCACCCCAAGAGGACUCAUCAAGUGCAAAAAUAAGCAAUAACCUUGUGAGAAAAAUGUUGUAUAUGACCAAAAUGCCACUAAUCAAUAUAAUUCUUAAUUUGGUUCAACUGUAGACUUAUACAAGUAUAUAAUCAUGGGCAGUUUGGGAAUUACACAGCAAUCAAUGUUAGGGGUUGGGGUCAGCUGAAAGCAAAACCCAUAAUUCUGUUCCCCCCUUCAUUGGCCUCCUUUUCCCAACACAUAAAUUCAAGCACAAGGAACAACCACUUCCUCAAGACACUAUAAAAGCCAUUGGAAGCUCUCCAACAAGUUUUCAUCCAAAAGCUACUACCUAUUUUCUCUUCUUCUAAGUGGUUUACACAAUACCAGAUAGACCAAAAAGAAAAAAAUGAGUCGCAUUGGUUUAUUCUUCCUCUUCCUCCUUUCUACAAUACUUGUGUCUAUUGCUAGUGGCCAAGAAAGAGCUCCUCAUGGCCUUGAAUAUGAGAGUCCUAUAGCUUUCUCACCAUCAGCAUAUGAUUUCUUUCAUCCUAAUGCACAAAAGAAAAAUGAGACCAAGGACCCUUGUUCUGCAUCAAAAUGUUCACCUUUGCCUAUGGCAGCACAAGUGGAAGCAACUCAAGUAUAUGAAAACAAAGCAUUGGCAACACAGAAAGGUAGGAAACAAAUUGGAGUUGGUGCUGUGGCCGGCAUUGUCUUCGCUGUUGCUUGUGCUGUGCUUCUGGCCAUGGGAAUAUACUAUGUAAAGGUCACUCGCCAAGCAAACAUGAGUAGAACAACCAACAACAGUGUUCAGUGUCAUGCAUAAUAUGCCUUCUAUGGUCCUAUGUCAGAUUAAAAAAAAACUAUAGCUUAUAGCAAGGUUGAAACUUGAGGUUGAAACUUGACCUCACCACCCAAGUUCCUUAAAAAUCCUUCCCUAACCAUAUCUGCGUGUGUAUGUAAUGUAUCUAAAUUUUCUUGUUUCUUACCAGUAGUAACCUUAAUCUUCGUUCUUUAUGGUUA